AUGCAUCUCGUCGUCAAUACUGGCGAUCGAGUGGUCCUUUGGUGUACUGACCGAGAUUUGAGUGAGCUUCAAGGGAGUGUUAACCUGACCUGGGAGAAAAGUCACAAGACCAUACCAGCAAAUGAUCCACGACUAAACACGAUAGCAAAUGGCACUUUAGAACUCAAAGAUGUACAGAGAGAGGACAGGGGAGUCUACCGUUGCACUGUCGAAGCAAGAACGUUUCAAAGUAUAAAUAUCACGAACCUUAGGGUCAAUGGUAGGCUGUCGUUGCUUUAUUGUACAGUGAAGCCUGGAUCUAGUGGACCACUUCUUCCCCUCCCCUCUCUUUCCCUUCCCCUUCCCCUUCCCCUUCCCCUUCCCCUUCCCCUUCCCCCCCUUUUCAAUCCGACCAAACCUUUUCUUUUACCUCUUAACUUAUUCUACCAACACAACUAUGGUGUAUAUUAUAUGACUGACAUCAAAUUAUUUCCUCUCACGACAGACACUCGCAAACAUCCUUACCCCACUUUCAACAGAAUGUCUCUUCUACAAACACAGGUACGAGUUUAUAUAUCUAAGUCUUCUUAGUGAUAUCAAAGAAAACUUUUGAGAUAAAAGAAAUCCUAUGUCGUCCUAAAAAAAAAAGAAGAAACAACGACUACAUUCUUGGCUUUGAGCAUUCAAUGAUUUUACAGAACAUUUAGAAGGUUGACGGUUAAACAUGAAAUUCUAGAAAAAAACAUUUUCUGAGGCCGUGGAGGCGAAAGUGACCAAAAACUCAACCAACUUGGAGGAGAAAACUCCCUGUUAAUGGUUCGAAGCAACACAUACAGACAAAUUAUUGACAACAGUGGGUCACGAUCCCACAACCCUAGAGUUUAAACUAAAAGAAAGCUUAACCCUUUAAUUCCCAUCAGUGACCAAGACAGAAUCUCUCCUAACAAUAGUGGACAAGUGUAGAGAAUAAAAAAAUUAUCACUACGGGGUUUACUAGUUGAUCCAGUAUCAAAUUCUCCGAUCUUACAUCAUAAUAACUGUAUGGCAGAAAGUAAGAAGAAUUACCAAUAAGAUCUUGGGAGUGAAAGUCACGUGACUUUGAAUAUAUCAGAAAGUUGCUCAGAAGGUAUUCGUUGCUCGGUUCUUCUUUCGUUUAUAAGCCCUUUUUUUGUACAUUUUCCCUUACUCUCUCAAGUAGAGAGUGGUCAAUAGCUGUGGUAGGUAAAACACUUUACAUUUUAACUUAACAAUACACUGGACGCUUCACUUACUAAGUACAUUUCUCACCAGAUUGAGGCCAUGUUGAGUGGUAACCACUCCAUCGACGUAACCACGGUCAUUACACAAUUUGUCACCUUGACGAAACCUGGAAACAAUCAGAAACUCAACGCAGAAGAACUGUCAAAAUCUGUGGACAUACUUGAACUCUUAGUAACAUACAAUUCCUCGCAGAACAACGGGGCUUUUACCAAACCCACUGACCGACGGAACAUCUUGGUAGCAGGGAGCAAUUUACUGGACGAAGAGAAUACUCAAACAUGGCUACAAUUACAAAGGGUAUUGAGACUAAAGAUAGAUGUCACUUUUAAACACUGAUCUCCUGAAAUAUGUUCAGUAAUUCUCCCUGGUAUUUGAUGCAUAUGUCCUUUAAUGCGAUAAGCUGAAUUAUACGAGUAUUCAGAUUGGUACCUAUGAUCUAUGUGAGAGCGAACGCACAGAUGACGUCACUAUUAGCAACAUAUUGCUUUUUCAUCGAAAGAAUAAAUAGAUUACAUGUGAUCUAUUACUGAACAGACGCACGGCAACUUGGAAUCCAUUUGUUAGACAGAUAUUUGGCAACCACAGAAUCUAUUUGUUAAGUGGAGAAGUUUAGAGAAUUUGUUGCAAUAUUAAGGCUAUGUAUAUAUAUAUGUAUCCUGUGGAAGAUGAGCUUUGAUCUCUUUUCACCAUCCUUUUUAUUGCACGAUGUAAGGAAAUAAUUAUAAGGGAUUAACCUCUCCGGGGGUACAUAAUUUACAUCUACUGCUAUUAAGAGUCUAUGAUCCACCUACAGUCUAUAAUUUUGUAUAAUUUUCCUUAAGUGGUCUAGACAAGCUCCGAAGCCCUGUUUAAAUGUUUUGUCUCAGUGUGACGUCACUGAUGGCGUUUGAGCUACCCUUUUAUCAACAUGGAUAUCUGAUUGUUUUCUCUCUAGAAUCAAGAAAACGUCACCGAUGUUCUUUUAGAAACAAUGGAUGAGUUUGCCUCUCAAAUAAGCAGUCAGCUGGGCAGUUCAAUCAAUUCCACUUCAUUUGUCCUCUCAUCAAGAAACAUUGGCAUCAGAGUCGAUCGAGUAAACACAAUCCAAACGGUUAGUCGCCCAAGUCUCACUCAUAGAGCGUUACUAUUAUUGGGAUAUGACCAACCAGACCGGUUGAUAUUUAGCUACACAGGAAAUUUCAAUUAGCACCCAAAAUGUCAAAAAGCAUCCUUUAUUUCGCAAUCUCGCACAUAAGCAAACAUAACAAUUUUCUCGCGUGAUUUGAAUUGUAACGUUUCGGUCCCUUUUCUUUCUUCCCUCUUUUUUCGUCUCCAUAAGCUCCGCUGACAAUUUUCUUUCUUUCAUCUCGUGGUUGCACUCUCUAAAUGCACUAAUCCAAAAGAAUAAGAUUUGUAGUGUCUCACUCCUCUCCCAGAGGAGUUUAUCCGUAUGCCUAGAUUUCGAGUACUAGGGCCCAGUUUUCCGGAGCCAGGGACCGCAAGGGCUGAUCAUGCAACACAGAAUAACCUUGAAACUUCACGCGAUGAUUGAUUGCAUGCAUAAUAGCGCCCAAAAUUAACACCAUUUCCUUUUCAGCAAACUCGGUUAAGUGAGUAAACUCACUUGACUUUCGACUUAUUUCUCAGCUCGCCGUCGAUUUCUCCCAAUAUGGGGCAUCCGUCCUGUUUCCUGGUUCAGUGUUCGCCAAUAGUUCCACAAACAUAGUAGCAGUCGUUGCCUACAAUUCACUGCACAAUUUUUUCAGACUUGAAAGAGAGGCAUCCGAUAAUGAACAGGAAAAAAGGCCAGAGACCUCGAGAAUCAUUUCCGCUAAAAUCAUCCCUCGUCCAACGAGUCCUCUGAGAGUACCAUUCAAACUGGUUUUUGAUCACAACAACAAGGUGUAAGAAAGUUAUAUCAGUUAGUUAGUCCAUGUUGUUAACAGUUGUUGUCAACGUGAUGUUGCCUGUGCAGUCCUUUGAUUGGAUUGUAACAAAUACUCUGUUGUUUUUGAACAAUAUAUUUUACUUGUAAUCACUUCUUUAAUUUAAUUGUGAGCACAUUCCUUUACAGUAAUUUAGACCCCACAAGAAUUUUAAGUGUCUCGGGGGCACGGUUCAGAAAAAGCGUCCAAGCUUGAAUUUUGCAGGCAUCUUUUCCUGCAAGUUCUUUUCGAGUGGUUCACUUGCGAGGAUUAUUUUCUUAUUUUACGUUAUGUUUCUUCGUCUACUUCACUUUUAUCCCUCAAUGGCAAUCGGAGAAACACUGACCUCUUUGAAAUAAAUCAAAAGCCAGUCAAACCAUUAUUGGUUGUAAACUAAAAAAAAAAAAACAUUUAGGCUGCAUUAUUGUAUUUCUUAACAGCGGUUGUUCGAAGAAAGGAUAAAGCGUUCCACCUUGUAAAUCUCCGUUCGCAAAACAAUACACUAUCCACAAGAUAGCAAUUUAUGCGUCCUUAAUAGACAUUUCACGCUUCCAAAAACCCAGUGUGAGGGUUUUCUUAACUAUCGACAAUUUUGUGGUUUAGUAUACGAUCGUAUUACCUUUUUUUUUACCGUGCAGGGCGGUGAUUUGAUUGGACAAUGCGUCUUCUGGGAGAUCGGCCAGUCGCACCGAACGUGGCAAACACGUGGAUGUGUGCGCGUGGAUCAUGAGUCAAACGCGCGUUCAACCACGUGUGAAUGUGACCACCUGACGAUUUUUUCAGUUUUGUUGAACAACGAGCCGGUAAGAAGAACUGAAAUUCCAUUUUGUCAUUUCUUUCUAUCUUGGACAAAAUUACAUUGCCUCAUACUUCCUUAUAUUGCCAAGACAUACGAGAUAAAAAGGCUUUUCUUUCUUUAAAAGGAAAACGCUCCAGUCAUUUUCUUAGACCCCAAGAAAAUCUAUGUUUUAGGUCACAAAAUAUUUUUUGGAUUUUAUCGGGCAUAACAGGACUUUUCAUUUUCGUUUUUUAGAUAGAUGGCGGUGAGCAGCAUCAACCUUACUUAGGGUAUAUUUCCACAACAGGCUGCGCGUGCUCUCUGCUGUUUCUUCUGCUGACCUUUGCCGUGAUCAUAUUGUACUGGAAACGAGUAAAGAGCGCCCGCACUAUAAUUUUAUUGAACCUGUGUGUAGCUAUUGCUGCCUCCUGUCUUUUUAUCAUCCUAGCUGAUCACGCACGAAGGCCUAAGGUAACAAACUGGAACCUACUUUCUAGUGACAUUCAUCAAGGAUAUUGUGCAAUUAUGAUGGAUUAGUGAUAAUAAGCUGUACACGCAUUUUUAUUGGAUCUUACUUAUGUUCUAUUGGAAGACAAACACGUUGUUUACAUCACCGUAACAAAAUUUUGCUAGUUAUUAUAUAAAACGAAUAGAUUCCUUGUUGCCGUGGGUCCGUACAGUAAUUGUUUAGAAAAGAUUUUAAAAUGUGCAUGAAAUGAAAAUUUGUAUGAAAAGAACAUUUUUUUGUUCUCCAAACUUUCCGCCUGAUUCAGAUCCAAAUGAACGAGCACUGCCGCAGGUAAUUACUGUUAAAUGGCUUGGCUUCCAUGUAGUUCUGAUCACCCUGGUCUCACCAAAUAAUAUCCACUUAAUCGAGAGGCGGUGACCACAUGCACACCAGACAAAACAAUCAGCAAAGCCCUGAUCGUCUGAGUAGAAACCAGUACAACCAACGCACCGGCAAUAAAUUUAAGCGGAGUUUAAUUUCCUGACAACUCGACCGAACUCUUCUAUUUACGCGCCAUUGCCAGUGGUUUCUAAGUAAAGUAUUACGAACAUAAUACAUCAAGAACGGAACCACUUCUUACAAAACUGGAAGUAACAUAGGAAAUACUGAUAACAUAGGUAAUCAUAACCAUUACAAUUUCCUCAAAUGUGGUUGGUGCAUCAGCUGCUUUAUAUUUCACUAAUCACUCUGUACAGUUGAAAUCGGAUAGUGUAAUCAGACAGUCGACCGUAAUCGGACACCUGUAGUGAGACAGUUCAAGCAGCCAAUCAUACUAAGUCCACCAAUCACAGAGUUGAUCACAAUAACCAUAGCAACAACCACUUACCCUGAAAAGAAAACUAGAAAAUUUCCAAAUUUUUGUCGUAGACAUUGUCCCUACUGGAGAUGUUUGUUCUACAUGUAUUUUUUUUUCGGAAAUUGUAAUUGUUGUGAUAAAUUGGUAAUAGGACUUCGUAUCGUCCAAUUCUGUCUGUAAUCAUACUCGUAGUUGACAAAUCGGACUCCCGCUUCGCAGUUGUCCGAUUUUGUUAAUCACUCGUACGAUUACAGACCGAAUUGGACUCCACUCUGUCCUAUUACCAAUAUAAAUACGGGACACUCGACGAAAGAGAAAUUUACCUGAAGAUUUUGGGAUACGGCUGACAUAAGAACGUACUUGCGAUUAAAUUUCAACUCGAGCUCACACCCUUUUUAUUUUCAUGAUCCACGCUCAAGUUAAACUUAAAUGAAUAACCGCGCAGACUGGGGCUAGGAGGGGGAUUGGUUUCUACACCCAGGUUGUGCUCAAUUCUGAAUUUUUGCUCGCUAGAUCGUGCGGCCCACUUUAUGCGGUCGGGAAAUUCCACAUCAUUUGAAAACCAGACCUAAUGAUGUUUUCUCGCCUUAGGUAUUAUGCACCAUCACGGCCACAUUUCUCCAUUACUUCCUGUUGUCUGUGUUUUCGUGGAUGCUGUGUCAUGGAGUUAUCUUGUACUUCCUAAUCAUAAAAGUGGAAACUCGAGAAACUCUUGAACCAAAGAUGAAAUGGCUCUACGCAUUAGGAUGGGGUAGGAGAAAAUAAAUGUCAUUCCACUACUUGUAACUACGGUUAAGUGUCGCCUCACUUUUACCAAAUUUUAUUAUUGUUCCAGGCUCCCCUCUAUCAAUAGUCGCUGUUUCUCUCAUAGUUACUGGUACUGAAGUUAACGCAGCGAAUAAUUGCUGGCUGACUACGAAGCAUGGAGUCAUUUAUUGGGCGUUUGCCGCUCCAGUCGCAACAGUUAUAACUGUGAGUACACUCUUUCAAUUAAUGGCCGCCAGGUACGCGGUCAAUUUGUUUGGACGCAAACUAGAAAAUAUUGGUCAGACAUGAACAUGGUGAAGUAGAAACUUAUUUUCAAACCUAGAGGAAUAAUGUAAAACGACAAACUAUCUCUUCUGAAAUGAAUAGUGUAUUAUUAUUGAUUGAGUUAGGUCAGACUUGAUGGGAAAUAUAUGGGGGUCCUUACGGUUCAUCUGAUGAUGUUUCUUUUAUCAUAAUGACUAUAGUAACACUAAAAAUAACACCCAUAAUAGUAAUGAAGAAUUUCCUCGGUACCACAACCAUUAGCGCAUAGCGCUCUACAACACUUUACUGGGGACUUUGUCCAGAUUGCAUUGACCAUGGCCUCCAUUUCGUAGUCAAGACCAGAAUACCAGACGGCAGUUCGAAGCUCUACAACCUAAGCUACGUAGGCAGGGAAAUUCUGGGAGAAAAAAAUUUAAACUAAGAGAUGGGAUAAUGGAAGAUAUUUUCAGGAAAGUUUAGCAGUGAGCGUCGACGAAAGUGUUCGAGCCAAUUUUCUUGACUCCCUUUCAAUUAAAUCCAACGCAUCCACGCCACCUCUUAAAUAUAUUUUCCUCUCAAAUAGGCUUUUUGCAUUUGUGUUCACUGAAGUAUGUGCUGUUUGUUAGUGUUACCUUUGGCUGAAAAAAAUGUAUCCCUGAUUUAAGCACGUCAUUAAUGAUCUUACUUAUCUUUUUUUAUUGAGAUUUUAAAAUCAAAAAAAGAAAUUUAUUCGAUAAAACAUAUAUCUUAUAUUCCUUGCUAUGUUUUGUUCCCUUUUUCAGAUCAAUUCAAUCUUGUUAAUUUUCUUGCUGCGCCAAAUAAACAGAGCUGCACAAUUUAAAGCCAGCAUGUCACGUGCCAGGCCAUGCGCCAAGCAGGUGAAGGCCUGGUUACGACGAACUGCAAUGCUGCUGCCGGUCCUGGGAGUCACGUGGUUAUUUGGCUUUUUGACGUUCAUUUCCUCUACAGUUGUGUUUCAUUAUCUGUUCACCAUCUUGAACUCACUUCAGGGAUUUUUCAUAUUCGUCACUUUUUGCAUUCUAGAUGAUGCAGUAAGUCUUUUGUGACUGUGUUUUAAGUGGUAUAUUUUUGGUUUUUUCUUGGGUACUAAAUUUAACAAGUUGUUCUUAAUUCUUGUCAUAUUAAACUCUUAAUUUAUUUGCUAUUUUAUAAAUCUGCUUAAGAUAUAUGCCUCUACAUUAGAUAUCUUAAGGGAAGAUUUAAAACAUCUUGACUGACCGCAUGGAAUAACGAAUACGUCUUUUUCCUGUAGAGGUGCAGGGAAACUGUUGUCCCCAGCAACUACAAAGUUAUCGGUUCACAGAAGGGAGAACUUUGUUUCGGCGGGGGUAGAGUGGGGUACAAAUCCUUCGAAACAUUUCUCCCUUUCCUCUUAUUCAGUGUUGGUAACGAGGAAUUUGGACCACCUGCAAAAAUGCGUCCCCUCAGUAAUCUUUGUAUCUUUGGGAGAUGUCCUUUUUUACUCGUGGAUAUACGAAGCAUAUGAUGGAGUUAUAUUGGGAUUCCAUUUGUAAAUUUCGUGGCGUUAGCGCGCCCUUAUGAGUCUAAGGAGAGUAUGCAUCUCAUCAAAGAUACCAAACCGAUUGUUAAUCUCUUCCUCCAGGUUAAGGAGACGUUAAUUGGUACAUUAUGUAAGCGGAACGUCGUGUCGUCUAAAGAACAGUCAACGUUGAACUCCAAGAACGCUGUGCGAAGCAUCUCUGUCACACGAAUUCAAACAGGUGACGAAGUAUAA